AUGCUUCCACAAGUAUUUUAUGAAUAUGUCACAAGGAACUACAACGUGGUUCAACUAACUCUGAUGCAGUUCAAUGCGUUUAAAAGAGAAAAUGAAGCUCAAAUGGCAUCAGAAUUGAUGGAAGUGACAAAUUCAGCCCCAAAAGAUGAAGAGUAUUUCUCAGAGCUCCUGAACAUUGACCCCGAACAAGUCAAUGAACUUGCCGUUUACUCAAUCAGUUAUGAUGAAGAGAUUAAGGAAUAUCUGAAAGAGCUCUUAAUUUACAGAGAAAUUUGUCAAGAAGUAAUCGACGUGCUAUACAAAAACAAAGAUUUCGAAUAUAUACUACAAUUUUUCGAGGAAAUUAAACAGAGAUAUUUAACUCACGAAUUUCUCCAACUCUACAUUCAGAGGUCAAUAUUCAGGUCAAUCAUUUAUGUGAUGAGAGUCAGCAGAAUCAUGGAAAAAUUAAUGCACAUUAUUCCCAAAAGUGUCAUGGAAAUGACGUUCAUGAGACUACUGGGAAGUGUGCCCAGAAGUUGUGCUGAAAGCGAAGAAGCUCAGGACCUAUUUUGUAUUUUCUUGGCGAGGUCAAUUGUUGACGGAAUAGUAAGUGCGUCGUACAUUCGGAAAAUUAACCGGGUCCAAAUUGGAGGAAUUCUGGGAGUCGAGUUAAUAGACAAAACAAUAAAAUGGGUUAAAUUUAACAAGAACAUUUACAAAGCCAAAGAGGGAAGCAAGUUGGUUGUUCAGUUUCCUAUGGAAAUACUUUUAAUGAGAAGAGUGAAGAUUUUAGGGCUCAUAACACACCUUUUAAGAACAGGACAAGCUUCAGGGUUUGCAAAUAGACUACAGGAAAUCGAUAACCUAAACAUCGAUGUUGUUUUCACAGUAAGAACUCUAUUAAGGAAGUUUUUAACAAGGGAAAAUGGACUUGUUUCUGAGGUUACUGAGAUAAUAGCGGAUUUGGUGGAAAAGAAGUUAAUGGAGGGGAAGUUAAUAGGGGUCAUGAUCAAAGAUAUUGCCAGAGUUCUUCACCAAGGUUUGAAAGGGAAUGCUCCUAGGAUCAAGGUAUCUUUUUUAUUUCUACAUUACACAUUUAGCCAAACCUACUAUUAUCUUGGUACCGGGUUACUGUUUACAGCUGGUUCGGCCGUAGUUUACAAUGGUUGGGACUACUACGCGCCGCGCCAAAACAACAAAAUCAUUUGCUUGGCGCAUAUUAAUACAAAUCUUCUAGCCUUUCUCUGGCUCAUUCAGGUAUUACAUUAUUAA